UAGGGUGAACACACCUAACACCUUAAAUUAUCAAAAAAGACAAAAAUGUAGAACGUGUCUUGAUUGGAUGUUGAGUGGGCGUUGCUUUAAAAAUUGAAGGCUGAUUUGCAGGGGCGUGGUUUAAAUAAGCGGACUAAAUGAUUGGAGAAGUCCUGCCUACAGUACAUCUCCACAGAAGAGACCGUCACUCUCUCACUCUCUCACUGGAAGGUCCAAUUCUGACAUUUUGAUAGAAUUUGUAAUAAAUUGAUUAAUCAAUAAACAAAACAUACAAAGCUAAAUCGUUCGCCAUAAGAUCUGCAAUAUGCAUUUGAAAAAUAGAUAGGAUGAUUCCAUGCUUUUAAGGAAGACGUGUAUCAUGAUGAUGCCUCUCUCUGUCAACCAAUCGCUCUCCCCGUAAGCGGCAGUCUCUAGGACCCAAGGAGCGGCCUCUGCAGUCACUGAGAGCCGAGCAUCUGGAGGAGAGCUGGCCGGCUGGGGAGGUGGUGGAGGACGGCGAGAGCGAAGCAGAAGGAGGAUCCGGGAGUCAGCGAAAACAAAAAAGGGGUCAGGCCUGGAACUUGGCGAAGCGGGGGAUCCUAAAGAAGGAGGGCCAUCAACCCCCCCCCCCCACACUUUUUUGUUCUUUACAUUUUUUUUUAUUAUCUUUUUCGACUUUUGCUUUGUGAACAGUCACUCAUUUGGCGAUGCCGUCCAACACAGUCACCACCGCCGCCGCAUUCAAGAGCUCCGACUUCAACUGUGACACCAACGGAAAUCAAAUGAAUGAGAACUCUAGAACGGACACCGUGAUUAUUGAUGAGAUCUGCACUCCUGUCCGCAAGGUUGGACGGCCUGGCCGCAAACGCAAGCACCUCCCCGUGGAGUGUUACAGGCCAGUGGAUCAGCUGGUGGGCGGGGCUAAGCAGCACAAAGGGGUGGGGCUCCAGUCGUCUUUGCUGUCCCAGAAUGGAGAUGUUGAGAGGCAUGAGAACAAAUCGUGCGAAGGUCGCCACCCCACGCUGGACAAGAAUGCUGUGGAAAACGGGCUCCCACGCCAAUCAGGCUGUCGGGCCGAGUCGGCCUCUGAUUCAAGCCUGAGCCCAUCCCAGGACUCCGAGAAGUACGAAGAGGACACACUGCCAACUCUGCCUCGCAAGAAACGAGGGAGACGGAAGCUGGAGCGGCCGACUAAAUACGUGGAGCACAAGGAGGACGAGGGUGAGGACUCUGCAAAGAAUGAGGGAGCUCGAGGGAGGCUCCGUGGGGGAGUGGGCUGGGAAGUCAGCCUCCGUCAAAGACCCAUGCCCAGAGUAACCUUCCAGGCCGGUGACCCUUAUUACAUUAGCAAGAGGACCAGGGAGGAGUUGCUGGCAAAGUGGAAGUUGGAGUUCCCUACGUUGCAGGCAGAGAAGAAGGCGAAACUGGUGUCUGUGAUGAACUCAAUGGAGGACCAUGGCGAGGUAGAGUCGGAGCCUCAAAAAGACAGCUCCACAAUCACCGUCCCACUACUCUUUCCUCCACCAACGCCGCCAGCACAGCAGCAACCACCACAGCCUCAAGCUCAACCUCAGACCAACCUCAAACCCCAGCCUUCUCCCCAGCAACAACCUCCACCAUUCCAACAGCAACAGCAGCAGCAGCCUACGGACCCAGCCUCUCCAACUGUUGCCACCACCCCAGAGCCCGUGUCUAUAGGGGACGGAGACAAGACUUCACCUAAGUCCACUGACACAGAGUCAGAGUACGAGGAUGGCCGAGGUUUCGGCAUUGGUGAGCUUGUGUGGGGAAAGUUACGAGGAUUCUCCUGGUGGCCAGGCCGGAUUGUAUCCUGGUUAAUGACUGGACGCAGCCGGGCGGCUGAGGGCACUAGAUGGGUCAUGUGGUUUGGUGACGGCAAGUUUUCUGUGGUCUGUGUUGAGAAACUGUUGCCUUUAAGUUCCUUCCACAACGCCUUUCACCAGCCAACCUACAAUAAACAACCAAUGUACAAGAAAGCCAUCUUUGAAGUGCUACAGGUUGCCAGCACAAGAGCAGGCAAAACCUUCCUCACAUGCCCGGAGAGUGACGACACUGACACUUCUAAGUCAGUAGACAUGCAAAACAAACAGAUGAUUGAAUGGGCCAUGACGGGAUUUCAACCCACAGGACCUAAAGGUCUAGAGCCGCCUGAAGAGGAACGUAACCCCUACAAGGAAGGCUAUCCAGAGAUGUGGGUGGAGCCAGAGGCGGCGGCCUACACGCCCCCACCAGCAAAAAAGCCCCGCAAGAGCACAGCCACAGAGAAACCCAAGGUCAAAGACAUCAUCGACGAGCGGACUCGAGAGAGGCUUGUAUACGAAGUUCGUCAGAAAUGUAGAAACAUUGAAGACAUCUGCAUCUCCUGUGGCAGCCUUAAUGUUUCCCUGGAGCACCCACUCUUCAUUGGAGGAAUGUGCCAAAGCUGUAAGAACUGCUUCCUAGAAUGUGCGUAUCAAUAUGACGACGAUGGCUACCAGUCCUAUUGUACUAUCUGCUGUGGAGGGAGAGAAGUGCUCAUGUGUGGAAAUAAUAACUGUUGCAGGUGUUUCUGUGUGGAGUGUGUGGAUCUGUUAGUGGGGCCCGGCGCGGCACAGGCAGCUAUUAAAGAAGAUCCCUGGAACUGCUAUAUGUGUGGGCCGAAGGCUCAAUACGGCCUGCUGGAGCGCCGAGCGGAUUGGCCUUGCAGACUGCAGCACUUCUUUGCCAACAAUCACGACCAGGACUUUGAACCACCAAGGCUCUACCCUUCGGUUUUGGCAGAGAACCGAAAACCCAUUCGCGUCCUGUCACUUUUUGAUGGGAUCGCAACAGGGCUGCUGGUUCUGAAGGAGCUGGGUAUCCAGGUGGAGCGUUACGUGGCCUCAGAAGUGUGCGAGGACUCCAUCACUGUGGGCAUCGUUCGGCACCAGGGACGCAUCAUGUACGUGGGUGAUGUGAGAAACGUCACCCGUAAAAACAUUCAGGAAUGGGGUCCUUUUGAUCUCGUCAUCGGUGGAAGUCCUUGCAAUGACUUGUCCAUAGUGAAUCCUGCAAGAAAAGGUCUCUACGAGGGCACGGGUCGACUCUUCUUCGAGUUUUACCGGCUGUUACAUGAGGCCCGCCCUAAAGAGGGCGAUAACAGGCCGUUCUUCUGGCUCUUUGAGAAUGUGGUGGCUAUGGGUGUCAGCGACAAGAGGGACAUCUCUCGCUUUUUAGAGUGCAACCCAGUGAUGAUCGAUGCCAAGGAGGUGUCUGCUGCACACAGAGCUCGCUACUUUUGGGGUAACCUGCCUGGCAUGAACAGACCGUUGACCGCCAUGUGCACUGAUAAACUGGACCUCCAAGACUGUUUGGAGCAUGGCAGGACAGCUAAGUUUGAUAAGGUGCGGACCAUCACCACUCGGUCGAAUUCCAUAAAGCAGGGCAAAGACCAGCACUUCCCUGUCUUCAUGAAUGACAAAGAGGACAUCCUGUGGUGCACUGAGAUGGAGAGAGAGAUCUCGAGGGCCCGCUUCAGUGAACAGGUGUUUGGCUUCCCUGUCCAUUACACAGACGUGUCGAACAUGAGUCGUCUGGCCAGGCAGAGGCUGCUGGGAAGGUCAUGGAGCGUCCCUGUCAUCCGUCACUUGUUUGCACCACUCAAAGAGUACUUCGCUUGCAUCUGAACUCAAAUCCAGUACAGAUGAGAAAAAUCUAAACCGAUGUAAUACCAAGAGCUUCGAAAGCAAGCUCUCGUAUGUUAUCUGCAAGUUUGACAUCAGACGGAAAAAAAACAAGGUAUUUCAUGUUUUGUUUUGGUUUUUUUCUUCUGGUUUGGAAUAAUUGACUCUUUUUUUAAUUCUAUUUAAUUUUUUUUUUAUCAUUCAUUUGACUUUUUAGCAGUGUUAUCCAGUAUUUGAUUUAUGUGUGCAAGCUAUACUUGAGACAUGGCCUCCUUUUUAAGGCACUGAGAGACGAUGUAACAAGAAACGAGAAUUCGUUGAGACGGAAAUCGCAUUUAGUUCGCCCAAACAUUUCGCCUCCUGAUUUUCUCGACUGUCGGGUCGCGGAUCGAUCCAUUUCCCACGGUGCGCGUCUCUUUCCUCUCCUCCAGCGUCUGAGCCUUGGUAAGAGCAGGAAAAAAAAGUUUUCUCUUAGUGUCAGGGGAGCUCUUGUCUUAACCAAUCCAAAACACCAGAUCACAAAUACCUCUUUGUUUACAGUUUCUAUACACAACUGAAGGUAAUAAAGGUACUACUGUAAUAGGUGACAAUAUGGUGCUUCGAGGGGGUGAAAAACAUUGCAACUCAUGUGGUGCUACUACUCGAGACAAGAUCGCGGGGUUACGUUUUGUAUCAUCGCCAGGUAAAACGAACGACUGAAACCUUGAAAAAAAAAAAAAACGACAGGUCAAGCCAGGUCUGCCACAUCUCAUUUUAUAUCUUUUACAGCCUUUUUGUACAAUACUCUCUGGUGCUCUUUUCAAAAAAAAAAAGAAAAAAACACGCCUCAGCCUUUCAGUCUUUGAGGUCUGCUUCCUUCAGUAUGCGUGCAAUCCAAACGCAUGAAACCAGCCACAUGGGCGGUGAUGUUUUUGUCAUCCAUACCUUGAAAUCAAAGGCUGUGGUGAGCUACUUUUUUUCUAGUGUCACACAGGCCAGAAUCAUUACUGUACAACUCUUAGCGCGCGUGGCGGCCGCAGGAAUGAUGGCGUCGGUCGGUCGGUCGGUUGUCUUGUCGGCCAGGUGAAUCAGCCUUCAACUGUGGCGUCCGCAGGCUAUUCUCAGUCAGGUGCAAAACUUUAAAGGUGCGGCUUCACAAUGUUCUUCUACCUUUUAAUAGCAAUUUUUUUGUGCUGUGUUAACAACAAUAUCAAGCACUUUUGUAUAUGUAUACUUCUUUAUUUC